UGUUUGUUAUUUGUACCCUUUUGGAAUUAUUUUGUUGAAAGCAUCCCACUUUGUCCCAUGUUUUUUGAUGUCAGAACUAGUUAAUGAUCCAAGUUGUCAGCUUUGUUGAACUUCGAAUUACGUAUAGAAAAAAAAGGGUCGCUGUAAGAGAGAGUCUGAGUGAGUGAAGUUUUCCUUUUUCGAGCUUUUGUUGAAGCUAUGGCUAUGGCUAUGGCGAGUGUGCAACUCGGGAGACAAACUAGCAUACAAGACAGUCCAAGGAGUCCUGAAGCAAAGCUUGGGAUGCAAGUGGAGGAUUUGUGGGAUGUUCAGGAACCAGAGCUUAGUCCUAAUGAAAAGCUCAACGCUUGUUUUGAGAGCAUCCCUGUUUCUGCUUUCCCUAUUGCUCCUCAAGGGAUUGAGAUAAAAUCGGAUGCGAGUCUGGCCGAGGCUGUUCAAAUACUAGCUCAAAACAAGAUUCUUAGCGCGCCUGUUGUCGAUGUUGAUGCUCCUGAGGAUGCAACAUGGAUGGACAGAUAUAUUGGCAUUGUAGAGUUUGCAGGGAUUGCUGUAUGGAUUUUGCAGCAGUCGGAACCAUCUUCACCUAGAAGUCCUUCAUCUCCGAAUGGAGCCGAGUUUGCUAUAGCUGCUAAUGGAAUGGUCUCUGCUGCAGGACUCGGGGCUUUAGGCCCUGAAGAUGCUUCAAUUACUUCUGGAGACUUUUUUGAGGCUUUAACUUCCUCCGAGUUUUAUAAGAACACCAAGGUUCGUGAUAUCUCGGGGUCAUUCCGCUGGGCACCAUUCCUUGCUUUGCAGAAAUCAAACACCUUUUUGACCAUGUUGUUACUUCUUUCUAAGUACAAAAUGAAGAGCGUUCCAGUACUUGAUCUGGGCGAUGGAAAGAUCGAUAACAUCAUAACACAGUCAGCUGUCAUUCACAUGUUAGCAGAAUGCACUGGACUUCACUGGUUUGAAAGCUGGGGAAGUAAGAAGCUUUCAGAGAUCGGUCUUCCCACGAUGUCCCCUGAGCACAUUAUCACAGUAUACGAAGAUGAACCAGUGCUUCAGGCCUUUAAGCUAAUGAGGAAAAAGAGAAUCGGAGGCAUACCCGUCAUUGAAUGCGGAAGGAAAAAAGCUAUCGGUAACAUAAGCCUUCGAGAUGUACAGUUCCUUUUAACCGCACCAGAUAUCUACUGUGACUACAGAUCAAUCACAGCCAAGAACUUCCUAAUAGCGGUUCGAAACUACUUGGAGAAACACGAGAAGAGGUCACCAAUGUUGAGUGGCAUGAUAACUUGCAAGAGGGAUGAAACAGUCAAAGAGUUGAUUCAAAAGCUCGACUCUGAGAAGAUCCAACGAGUGUACGUCACAGAUGAGGACGGGAACUUGGAAGGAGUGAUCACACUUAGAGACAUCAUUUCAAGGUUAGUACACGAACCGCGUGGCUACUUUGGUGAUUUCUUCGAUGGUGUGUUGCCUUUACCAGAAAACAGCAGGGUUUAAAAGAGUAAUCAAACAAGUCCUUACGCUUCCUACAUGAACGAUGAAACUCCAUUUUUCUUUGCGAUUUCCUGGUUUUUUAUUUGCCUGUGUGUUGGGAGACUAAUUGGAUAUGCAGAUUGUACAUAGGUGAGCCUUUUGUACUUAAAAGUUACUUGUGGCUUGAGAGAUUCCAAUUUCUGUAAAUUUUGGGUGUAUUCAAGAACUCGAUUUGGAUGUUCUGUGUUGCAAUCUAAUAAGAAGAGCUUGUCUUCUUGGAAUAAA